AUGCGCCCGGCUGCGUUGCGACUCGCAGCCUUUGCAGCGCUGGCAGAUGCGGCCGCUGCGCGCGCAGCGCGCGCUGCGCGCUGCGAGGGGCUGGCAGAGUGGCUGUAUGAAUCGGCAGACUGGGCGCCGCCGGGAUAUCACGUGUUGUGCGCCGACAGCGGCACGGGGAGCACCUCCUUUGAGCUCUUCCGAGGUGGUCACAGUGGUCGCAAGGUGCAGUGGGACAGCAAGAUCUCCUCCAUGUCCUCGUUGCGAAAGCAAUUGGAGAAGAAAGCGCACAUGGAACCGCAGGAGAUGUGGAAAGUCUUGCCCUGGUUACUGGCAGAUACCUCUGGGGUCCCAGUGCAGGACCUGUCGGCCGUACAGGGCCUUCUCCUUCUCUUCGAGGGCGGUCGCUGGGUGUGGCCCGGCAUCCGCGAGGGCUUCCAACGGCGCGUGGCGCUGCCGACGGCUGGCGAGGAGAUGAAUGUCACUCUGAAGGCCUUGACGUUGGACCCCUUGUCCUUCACCAUUGAAGACUUUUUCGACAAGGCCUCCGCAGAGCGCAUGAUUAAGCUGGCCAAGCCCAAGCUGCGACCAGCGGAGAUUAUGACGCAAGACUCGCAGAAGGAAAACGUCGAAGACUUGGGAGUUGAGGUGAGGACCUGUUGGGAGACCUGGCUAUCGCCCAAGGACGGCCCGGACCUGGAAAACGUGGCGCAGCGCAGUGCGGCGCUGGUGCGGGUGCCGCGGGAGUUGCAGGCGGAUUUUCGCGUGCUACGGUAUGAACCCGGGCAGCAUUUUGGGGCACAUACCGACUACUACGAGCCGGAAGACUUUCAGGAACAGCCUGAGGUGCUCAAUGAACUGCAAAAUGGCCGCAACUGGUUGGUCACAGUCUAUUUGUACUUGAGCACUGUAGCCAAAGGCGGUGCUACGUAUUUCCCCAGCAGCUACGGUGGCCCGUUGCCCUCGGACGUCUUGAAGUGUGAGGGCCCAGCGGUGAAGCCCCGACGAGGUCGUGCGCUGAUGUUCUACUCGCUGCAUCCAAACGGGCGCCCCAAUCUGUCCUCGAUGCACGGUGCGUGCAAGGUGGAAAAAGGAGUGAAGUACACCAUCAACAUUUGGACCUUCAACCAGCUCAAGCCCGAGUUCAACGGCAACGCCAAAAAAGGCAAAGGUGAGAAGCGACCCAACGAGCUGUGAGCCAUGUUGGCGACCUGAGCAGUGCGGAGACAAUUUUUACCAAAGAUAGGUUUUAACCAGCAAAAUAUGAG